CCCACCAAAAUCUAACCUGCAAAAACCCAAGAUAUCAUUGUAGUAUCAUCCAUUCAGAAAAGGAACACCCAACAAAGAUUUUGAUUCAUGAGACACAAAUCAUCAAGAAGAACCAAAGUGACAUAACCAUAAACCAAAAAAAACCACUCAAAUGUUGCAGUCUUCUUACUCUUAUUCCUACCACUCUCUCGCUACCAACAUCCUUAUCCCUCACUCUCACUCUCACCCUUACAAGCCCUCUCUUCUCUCAUCAUCUCCUGUUUCAAACUUCCCUUACAGUUACAGACCCACUACUCCUCACCAUGUCUCAGCCCUCCCUCCAGUCAGACCCGAACCAUUGCUCGCCCAGGUUCCUGAACCAGAGGAGGGUCCAAUGGAGCUCCCACCGAGUUUUCCUUCCAUUUUCGCCACCACAGACAACCCUUCUACUAUCCAAGUCGCAACCAGCGUUCUCCUCACCGGCGCUAUCUCUGUUUUCCUCUUCCGCUCUGUCCGCCGCCGCGCUAAGCGAGCCAAAGAACUGAAAUUUAGGUCUUCAGGAGUGAAGAAGUCAUUGAAGGAGGAGGCCGUGGAUGCAUUGAAAGCAAUGGGGUCGAGUCCUGUUGAAGCUAACUCUCCACCUUCACCUCUUCAAGCAUUGUUGGGUGGAAUAUCAGCAGGUGUUAUUGCGCUUAUUCUUUACAAGUUCACUACUACUAUUGAGGCAGCUCUCAAUCGCCAGACAAUUGCAGAUAAUUUCUCGGUACGCCAGAUAACCAUAACCAUAAGGACUAUUGUAAAUGGGUUGUGCUACCUUGCAACAUUUCUUUUUGGCAUCAACUCUGUCGGAUUAUUCCUUUAUUCUGGUCAGCUUGCCAUCAACUCCUUCAUGGAGGAUUCUACAAAUCAAGAAAAUAAAAGCAAAGGUGAUGAGGGGUUAGGCUCACCAAAUUCAACGGUUGAGAUUGCCACAGAUACCACUGAGAUAAGCAGCAGCAAGGGGGAUCAAAGUUCAAAUGAUACACAAUAAUGGAAGAGAUCUGAAAUCAAAGUGUUGGAAUUUGUAGAAAAGAUCUAAUAAAAAUUACUUGAGCAUUUUCAUAACAUAGUUUUUACUCUUUGAUAGUUGUGUACUCUAUCCUCCUUGCACUAGAUUAUUAUUGUAGAACAUGAAAUAGUUUGUAAAAGCCAAUGUAAAUUUUUUGACUGAACCAUUUUUGGUUUUGGUGAUGAUCAAGGAGGGAUGAUUUAAAGAAGUGUAGAAUGCUAAAAUUAGUCUUGUUGCUUGUACAGGGAAAUGAAUUCUGUUCUUUAUUU